AAAAUGUUAGUGAUUUUCAAAAGUUUAUGGGGAAGUCCCAAUUGUAUAUAAGUCAAAUAAGCAUUGUAAAUUUCUAAAGAAUCUGCACAAUCUUUGUACUAACUUUUUCUGAAUGGUUGAAGGACAAAGAAUAAAUAGACGUAAUAGUCUAUUUGACAGAAUGCAUACUUGGCACACUUAACGAAUAUAAAAAUUGUAUUUUCGCAAGCCUCACUAUCAUUGUAAGGCCUCACUAUCAUUGUAAGUGAUAUUCAUGUAGACUUAUAUAUAUGAAUCGUUUGAACAUAACAAGGAUGCAUAUUUUUAUACCUCCUAGAACAAACUAUCAUAGAAUGUAUUAGCGAUAAUUCCCCCAACAACUGAUACGGUACUUGUUCCUAUGUUCAUUUAGAAUCACUGAGCCAUAAAUAAUGACUUCAAUAUAUAACUACAAUAUCAUGACAUUUUGACAUGUUCAGACGUAUUAGAAUGUUUUAUAGGAUUAUAUACGUAAACUCUAAACGUACACAUGUAUUCAUAAAACAUUACAGUAAGACAGUUUAGAGUUUAUAUCUUCGUGUGUAACAUUUAUAUAGGCCUAAAUGUAUCUCUUCAGAGAUCCAGUCACUUACCUAGUACGUAAAUACAUAUAAUGUCUAUACUUGCGUAGAUUCCACAACCGCAUAAUAAUGAUAGUAUAUGCAUGAGCGAAAUGCUAGCAACAACAACAAAAUACAAAAAAAAAAACUAAUAAUACAAAAAUAUAGAACACGUUGUUUUAAAGAUAUUUCAAUUCAUGGCUGCCUGAAGAACAUGUAAUGGAACUUCCCGCAGUCCCACCCUUUCGAUAUAGUAAGUUGUUAAGGUCCCACGGAAGAUACCGUUGUAUACCCAGGGAACAGUUAAAUUACUGGUAAACCGUGCGUUUCUAGUACACACGUCUGUUUGUGGGACAAGCGCGUAUUUUUAGCAAUGUUUUCAUUUAUUCAAUAUCAGGGUAAAAGCAAUACGAGACAAAAAAUACAAAUUGAGAUGUGCAUUACCCGAGGAUUGCCAAAAGUGGAAGCACUAUCAAGUGAAAUGUUCUGAUUGGUCAGUUCGAUUGACACUCUAGAAAGGUCCAUAGACUGAAUUGUAAUUUUAAUCAAAUCAUCUGUAAUUUCCAAAUGUGUGUGUUUAUAUUUUAAUUAAAUAAAUCGUUUUAUGGAACAAACAAACCAUGAAGACCUAUGUAAUAAUUAAUUGGGGACAAUUUGUUUUAGUUAGGUCUAGAAAAUUUUGUCAUUGGAUGAUUAAAAUUGUACGGUAGUCAUUAGGGAGUUUUCGUAACCUUACGAAGCCGAUAACGAAUACGUCAUUAUCAUCGUCAUUCGUGCCUAAAACAUUCUUGACAAUAUGUUGUACGAUCUGAAUUUGAUGCUUGAUUCAUGCAACAGGCUUGAAUCGACUACGCUUGACAACCUACUGUAGGGGAAGGGUUGUCUACAAUUUGAUGACGUAACCGUAUUUGUUUAAGCUUGCGAAAACUCCCUAUUGCGUAAUAUAAUAUACUGAAUUUAUAUUUUGGUAAAAGUAGAGGUAAGUAUGAAUAAACAUGGCCCAAUAUGCGUAAAACGAUUAGGCGUGGGGUAUAAGAUGGUCACUCGAUUUUACCCAAAAUGCAAUAGGAAUUAAGGUGGUCACUGUGUCUCAAUUUAUGCAGUUCAGUUAAGUGUGGCUUAGCAAGCCACUUUGAGAGGCAUUUGAAGUACUGUAAAGCCCUACCUCAAAAAGGACUUACUUUAUUGGAUAUCAGAUCAAUCAGCUAUAACGGUCGGAAUGACACGGUACAGUAUUUCCCUUGUCAUAUUUUUCGAUCCUUUCCUAAAACAAUAAAACAUGCUUAUGCAUGGGUGUACAGCCAUUUUAAAUUGUGGGAAAUUUCCAUAUUUUUAGAACUCAGAGUCUAAAAUUGUUUCGUACAAAACACAGCAAUAUACCAGUAAUUUACUGGCAUUAGAUCCUUUGUUAUUAAAAUAGAGCACCUAUUAAAUCACCUACACCGUCAUAUUUCUUCAGCAAAUAUCUCGUAAAAUUGUCGGAGUACGUUUUGAUUAAAUGCCAAAUUAUUUCAAUAAACAACUCAUAUCUCAACAUUAUCACAAGAGUAAACUAAACACUUUCCCAUGUCAGGGCAAACAGAUGUUACGAGGGUAAUGUUAUGGUGUCCGCCACGUUCCCUAUCAACAGCGUUCGAGCGGUGUAUAAGCGGCGGAACAAAACACAAAGUAAAAGUUUACCACGAACUAUUCACUACGUCUUACCAUAUUGGACCAGAAAAACAAAUCAGUUACCCAAUACCACUGCCUUUUGGUGGAGUUUUGGAAGAAACGUAUUCGUAUCAGUGGGUGAAAGACUGUUUAGAGGGCCCCAGUGACGCGGACUUUGUGUUUGCUAAGGAUUUGGCUUAUGCUGUUGAAGGACGUUAUGAAUAUCUGCCAGAGGACUUUAUACACACGUUUCUCAUUCGCCACCCAGCGAAGGUGUUUUUAUCUUAUGAAACACUUAUGGCAAAAUUUCCAGCAUCUCUUAUAGGAAUGUCAUUCACAGACAUCCUUCCAAAGGGAUAUGUGUUUAAGGAAUUGUAUGAGUUAUUUCAUUACAUCCAAACGACCCUUGGCCAGAAGGCCAUAGUGAUCGACGCUGAUGACCUUUUACAGAAACCCGUCCAGACUUUGGAAAAGUACUGUAGUGAGAUAGGAAUGAAAUAUAGUGACGGUAUGCUAAACUGGGGAAAAUUCCAGCCCGAUGAUUGGACAUUUUCUGAAAACAUGAUGUGGAUUAACAGGAUUAUUGGCCAGUAUGAUAAGGCAUUUUCAACAAAAAAAUUACUAGGUUCCACCGAUAAACCAAUUGACGUCUCAAGUGUUUCAGAAACUGUUAUGCAGGCUGUAAAAUACUGCAUUCCGUAUUACGAAAAAAUGUACACACAUUCAUUGAAGCCCUACAUGAAAAGUUAACGAGGGCGUGUGACAAGGGAUGGGAGCUUUCACCUCACUUCUUACUUUUAGCAUGCAAAUUGCAAAUCAAGUUUUAUCUAAUAGGAGUGCUUUCAAUAGGAAAAAAGACUAGUAAAUUAGAAAGAAUUACAGAAAAAUGAUUUGAUGUAACUUGUUAAUAUUCCACUUCCGUGAGACAUGACAUAGGUAGGCAAGGAAAUACAGAAAAUGAACAGGUAGGCAAGGAAAUACGAAAAAGGAACAGAGCAAAAAAAAAAACAAAAAAAACAAAAAACAAAAACAAAAAAAAAAACAAGAGAAAGAAAAAAAAAAGGAAACUAUUAAACUAUUAUAAAGAGGUCAACAUUUUGGGUCUGUAACUCUAAUAUUGUGUUAACAAACAGUGGCGGCGCUAGAA